GGUGUCGUCUCAUUGUGCGCCCGAAGCGGAAACGAAGAGCAUAGCGAUAGCAUCUGACCGGCCCCACACGCAGACCGUUCCCGCGCGGCGCGCCCCGCAGCAGUCUCCCUUCUCUCCCUCCCUCCCCUGGCCGCCAUGGCUCUUUAAGGGCGGCAGGGCCAGCGGCGGCAUCGGCCAGUGCAGCAGGGGCAGCAGCAGCGGCGGCGGCCUCGGCACAUCCCCGGCAUCUGCAGCCAUGGCGUUUUUCAAGGCACCGGACAGCAGCAUUGCUGUAGUCAACGAAAAGACCACCUUCUACUUGUCUACAUCCUUCGACAUCAAAGCACUAAAAACUGACCAAGAUGAGCCUCUUGAACAACGAGAUGCUGUUGGGGGAUUUGUUAUCCCCCUUCAGCCAGCCGUGUUCGGUGGCUGAGGAAAGUCUGGGACUCCUAGAUGACUACCUGGAGGUGGCCGAGCCCCUCGGUUCGCAUGGGUUCUCCAGCGACAAGGCUAAGGCAGUCUCCUCCAAUUGGCUUGCUGUGGACAGUUUAGGCAACACCAUAGAUAGCAGCCAGGAGGAUGCCUUCUCUGGCAUGGAGUGGAUGGUGGAGAAGAUGGAUCUGAAGGAAUUUGAUUUUGAUGCCCUGUUAGGUAUGGAACAUCUGGAAGCCACCGUCUCACCAGACGAGCUGAUGGCCACGUUGGAAGACACGUGUGAUCUUCUGUUUAACCCUACCAUCCAGGAAUUUCACAACAAAGAACCCCCAUUGAUAACUGACCUAAUCACCCAUCUCCCUGAAUCUCCACCUGGGGCAGAUGCAAUGGCCCCAUUGGCUUCCCUUUGGCCUUUCCCCCUCUGCCCAGGGUCUCUGACUUCCACUCCAGACCAUUCAUUCAGUUUAGAACUAGGCAGUGAAGUGGAUGUUCUGGAAGGAGAAAGAAAGCAGGAAGGCCCCACCUUUGUAGUAGUGAUCAAGUCUGAGAAAGAGGAGGAGAACCAUUCUGAUGACAGUGGAAUAUGCAUGAGUCCAUACUCCUACCUGGGAACACCCCAACAUAGUCCUACCAAUUCAGUUGGAUCCCCCAAUGACAACCAGGUCCCUGCAGAUGCCAGCUGCAGCUCUGUGCGGUCCAAACCGUAUGAUCGUCCUGCAGAGAAGGUAGCUUCAGCAGAGAUAAAAGAAAAGAAAAUAGAUAAAAAAUUAAAAAAGAUGGAGCAGAAUAAGACAGCUGCCACACGGUACAGGCAGAAGAAGAGAGCAGAACAGGAGGCUCUGUCUGGGGAGUGCAGAGAGUUGGAGCAGAAGAAUCAGGCCCUGAAAGAGAAAGCAGAUUCCCUUAGUAAGGAAAUUCAGUACUUAAAAGAUCUGAUUGAAGAGGUCCGCAAGGCCAAGGGCAAAAGAGCUAGAGUCCCUGAGUAGGGUAGUCAGCAGUUCUAUGUGCAUGUAUAUAAGCUUGCUGCUAAAGCUGUGUAUUGCUGCCUAAUAAA